AGCUCGCUGUUGAAAGCAUGCUUCCCGUUUGUCAGGGCUUCCUGAUAGCAGACCUGGUGACACAGUAGCCUUUAGGCAGAGCUCCCCGGGAAGUGUAGGAAGUGCUGCUACAGGUUUUGUCCCAGGAAAUCUGAGCCAUUUCUCUGUGGACAGCUGCAUUUCAAAGCCUAGGCAAGUUGCUGUUAAAUUUCCCACGGACAGCCAGCGUUUUGUGGAAGUAUACUACUGUGUCAUUAUGAGAUGUCGUCUCUCGGCACCUCCUUUGUGCAAAUUAAAUUUGAUGACUUGCAGUUUUUUGAAAACUGCGGUGGAGGAAGUUUCGGGAGUGUUUAUCGAGCCAAAUGGCUGUCACAGGACAAGGAGGUGGCUGUAAAGAAGCUACUGAAGAUAGAGAAAGAGGCAGAAAUACUCAGUGUCCUGAGUCACAGAAACAUCAUCCAGUUUUAUGGAGUAAUUCUUGAACCUCCCAACUAUGGUAUUGUCACAGAAUAUGCUUCUAUGGGUUCACUCUAUGACUAUAUCAACAGCAAAAGGAGUGAGGAAAUGGAUAUGGAUCACAUUAUGACUUGGGCUACUGAUGUAGCCAAAGGAAUGCACUAUUUACAUAUGGAGGCUCCUGUCAAGGUGAUUCACAGAGAUCUCAAGUCAAGAAAUGUUGUUAUAGCUGCUGAUGGAGUAUUGAAGAUCUGUGACUUUGGUGCUUCUCGGUUCCAUAACCAUACAACACACAUGUCAUUGGUUGGAACUUUCCCAUGGAUGGCUCCAGAAGUUAUCCAGAGUCUCCCUGUAUCGGAAACUUGUGACACAUAUUCCUAUGGUGUGGUUCUCUGGGAGAUGCUAACAAGGGAGGUCCCCUUUAAAGGUUUGGAAGGAUUACAAGUAGCUUGGCUUGUAGUGGAAAAAAACGAGAGACUAACCAUUCCAAGCAGUUGCCCCAGAAGUUUUGCUGAACUGUUACAUCAGUGUUGGGAAGCUGAUGCCAAGAAACGGCCAUCAUUCAAGCAAAUCAUUUCAAUUCUAGAGUCCAUGUCAAAUGAUGCAAGCCUUCCUGACCAGUGUAACUCAUUCCUGCACCACAAGGCAGAGUGGAGGUGUGAAAUUGAGGCAACCCUUGAGCGGCUAAAGAAGCUAGAACGUGAUCUCAGCUUUAAAGAGCAAGAGCUCAAAGAACGGGAAAGACGGCUAAAGAUGUGGGAGCAGAAGUUGACAGAACAGUCCAACACCCCGCUUCUCUUGCCUCUUGCUGCAAGAAUGUCUGAGGAGUCUUACUUUGAAUCUAAAACAGAGGAAUCAAACAGUGCAGAGAUGUCAUGUCAGAUCACAGCAGCAAGUAACGGGGAGGGACAUGGCAUGAACCCAGGUCUGCAGGCCAUGAUGCUGAUGGGCUUUGGGGAUAUCUUCUCAAUGAACAAAGCAGGAGCGGUGCUGCAUUCUGGGAUGCAGAUAAACAUGCAAGCCAAGCAGAAUUCUUCCAAAACCACAUCUAAGAGAAGGGGAAAGAAAGUCAACAUGGCCCUGGGGUUCAGUGAUUUUGACUUGUCAGAAGGUGAUGACGAUGAUGCUGGUGAGGAGGAGAAUGACAUGGAUAAUAAUAGUGAAUGAAAAGAGAAAGCAAACGAAUAAAAUUGGAAAUGUUCAGUAAAAAUGAAAGAAACUUGUUAUCUCAGUCUGUACAAAAACAGUUAAGGAGGCAGAAAACCAAGCACUGCAUUUUUAGGUCAAUUAUAUUUACAGGACAGUAAUUUACUUCUUACUUAUUUUUGCUCUCAGAAAAGUGGGGUGGUGUGAUUAAGCCAAAGGUGUAUUUAUGAAUCAGCAAAUGUGGUGCCUGAUUAUAGAAAUUUGUGAUUCUAUAUACAGUAUAGUAAGGGUUUUCAUUCUUGGGUUUUCUUCUUAAUGAAUAUUUUAUAAUUUGUAUUUGACUUUAUUUUAUUAUCUUUAUUCAGCUGAUUAAGAAAACCUACAUUUUGAACAAGCACCUUUCACUCUUAAUCCUUCUUUGACACUUGAUUCUUUUGUAAUAUACCAUAUUUUUUUCUCAAGACAAUACAUUGUAAUGUCAGAAAUGAUUGAUAGUGACUGCAAAAUCCAGCUACAAGAAAAUGAGAUAAAGGGUUAUAACAAAGUGCUUCUUCAGAAAUGCCAAGAAUUUUUCCAUACUAAAUAGCACAGCUUCUCAAAGUAAAACCCUGGAGGUGUCCUCAGUAGUACAUUUGAGGAGGAAAACUAAUUUGAAGUGAACAGCAGAAGCCACAAGCUUACUGGUACUAGUCCUGGAAGCUUCUUAACAUCUGGGGCUUAGCUUGUACUUUACACACGAAGACACGCCAUCUCUGCCCGUCCAGUAAGGGCAUGCUACGUGCUUGUCUGUUUUCUUUGUUUUCCAGAAAUGCAUAAUAACCCUGCAUUCUAAAUAUAAAUAUGCAUAUCUUGAGGAAAUUAAAUACUGUAAAAAGAAUAGGGAAGAUACAUUAUCUUUACUUAGGCAAAAGCUCACUGUGAAGGGUCCUUUCUAUGUCAGAUCUAGAUUUCUAGAAUUGUCCUUUUUUAGCCCUGCUUGGUGAUGCAGGUGUGUUAGAAAAAUAGGUGCAGGUGCUCUGAAGCCCUGGCUACCCAGAAUGUUCUCUAAAUACUACCGUAUGUUUGUCAAAACUUGUUUAAACUACAACAUACGAUUUUUUAAAUGGCAAUUAGUUAAAAAGCAAAAGAACAGACUUUUUAGUCUGAACUGGAAAGCAGGGUCAUUUGACUCAAACUCUAAUAGUUUUGGAGGCUUUUAUGUGGAAGUUUUAAGAAAGGAUAUCACAAAUGUUUCUAAUAGUAUCUUCGAGUAUACCUUAUCAGAAAAAAAUUGUUUAGACUUUGAAAUAUAGUUGUUUCUAAUCCCUGCUGAAAGCUGAAAACCACCGUCAAAUGAUGGGGAGAACUAACAAGUAGGAUGUUCUAGGUUCUGCUUUGCUGUGCAGUCUCAGGAAAGUUUAAUCUUCAUGAUUUUGUUUGUUUAUCAUUGACAUGGGGAUAAUGAUAACCUACUUCAGAGCACUGUCUUGAGAAUUACAAGAGAUAAUAUGAGAAGCACUUAGCGUAGUACCAGGCCCGUGGUGAGUGGCCUGUUUUUGUCAGCUGCUGUUGUUCCAGUGAGAAGGCACUGAACAAUGAGUGAUUUCCAUACCCUUCUAGAAAACUAAACUAUCAAUUUCUAAUGAUGCUUGCUUAGGCUAAGAUGAAAUUAAAUUAAAAGUGUAAAGCUUGGCUGGUCCGAUGGCAGUGGGUUAUCAGAACUUACUAACAUUAGUGUCACUAAAGUUGGUAUACCACCCCCCCCCACUGCUAAAUUUGACUGGCUUUUUUUUUUUUUUUUAAGUGUAAAGCUUCCAGUAAAGAUAAAGCAAACAUUAUUAGGGUGUAAGCUGUACAAAUAGGUUUAAUCCAGUUGCUCUUUGGAAACUGAGCUCUGACCAGGUGCACCUGGUGUGAGGUGUUGCAGGCUGCCACCACCCACAGGCUGAGUAAACACAGAAGGAGCCCAUAAACCUUUGCCCGGAAGAUGGAUCCCCCUUAUGGUUACUCUGCUUUACUCCUCUAUCCACGUGCAUAGAUCUACAUGCAUGUGCACAUACAUGGGCAGCCUGUGUUCAGACAGAAGUACUCCCUGACCUCAGCUAGCCACUUAGGCAAAAAAAUGGUGGAGAGGAGUGGAUGGAAUGACUUCUACCACCCGCUUCCCAGCCGUCCUGACCAGGGCCUCUGAAGAGAAAGCAGAAGGCACGGGGCUCUAAAGCCUCUUGCACAUCUUCCAGGCAAAGCUAAAGCCAUUCGUUCAGCUGGUACUCCUGAGCCUCUCUAUGCUAGUACUGUUCCAGGAGCAGCUAGAUGAAAAUCUUUGCACUCGUGGAGCUUACGUGUUAGUGAGAGGAGUUCAGCAACCUGCGCAGUGCAUCAUACAAUAUGUUAAUUUCCACCAAAUGCUUGCAAAGCAGGGAGAGAUGAUAAGCCAGAGGGAGCAUGUGGAGGUUUUUAGUGCGGUCAAGAAAGGCCCCAUUGCUGGUCAUGCUGAAGCAAACCUGAAGAAAGUGCGAGAAUCUCAGCAGGUGGCAGAGUCUUGGCACUUUUUAUGUCAGAAUGUGAUUCUUGCCUCUCACUUAGGAGUAAUCAGGCGUCUAUUUAGAACAUUUAGCCAGAAUGAAAAUGAUACCUUAAUAUUUACAUAUAAAAUAUGGUUAUAUAUAAAGUGUUGGUGCACUAAAAGUAGCCAAAUAGGGCUGAAAGAGGAAAGUUACAGAACUCUAUAUACAGAAGUAGGUGUAUCAUUAUGGAGGUAAGAUUUCGCUCACCUUUUAAUUACUACUGUUUUCCUCAACAGUAUUCCAAAACUGUUUAUAACUCAACAUUCUGCCAUGAAGAAACCACAAGAUUUAGGGUACAGCAGAGCUGGCCCCCAUGAAGAGCCGGCAGUUGUUCUGCACAUGACAUUAUGUGUUUGGCAUUAGCUGUGUUACUUUCUGUCCCAAAACAGUGUCCUUGUAGUAGUUUGAAAAAAUGGUAAAACAUCCCUGAAAUCUAAAUCAUACAAACAGAAUUUUAUAGUCUCACUUUGUCUGUAAAAAUUAUUUAGAAGACUUUAGAUUAUAUUAGUUUUAUUAAUUUAAAAAUUGUCUGAAGCGUAUGCAGAAUUUCUAGUGAUAUUAAUUGUGCAGAUUCUAAUUCACUUUACACAUUAGUUUUUCAAAUGGCAAAUUAUCACUGUUAGAUUUAGUUGCAGUUACUUUGACUUACAAAAUGUACAUUUCAAAAGAGAAGAGUAAAAGAAACACUGAGAAAUUUAAAGAUACCAAAUGAGGAUUCAAAUGCCAAAUUAUGGUAAUAAUUAUGAGUCAUGGUAGUCAUAAGACUACCACUCUUUGUCUCUUUUUCUGUGCUCAGAAAAUUGAGCAUAUAAAUUUGAUGACACCCCACUAGGGCCUCUCAACUGGCAUAGUGUCAUCACCUAAUGGUAUUGGGGAUACUAGGACACAUUUACAGUUGUCACGAUGAGCAGAGCAGCAUUUAGUGCCCACUGCCGAGACUUAACAUCUUCCGUGGCAGGGACAUUAUCACGUUGUGACAAAUUCCAUCCUACAUACCACUAACCUUGUGUCUUCUCCACUGAGAAAUGUGUUACACCUGGCAGUUUUAAAGUUCCACCUCAGCUUUCUCCCCAAACAAAAUACCCAAGCUGGAACAAAAUCAAAAUACAUUUUCAGAACUACACAUGCACAACCUUGAGUUCUGUAAGUUUAUGCCUCUAUCUCAAAUAACCAAUUGUGGAAAAAUGGCUUCUUCCCUCUUAGGAGUGCUGUUGACCACUUUAUGAAAUAGCCAGAUUCAUCUUAGAAGCGGGUGUCACCCUCCAGUUAUGAUGAUUCCGCAAUGUAUGAAAGAGAAAAACUACACUGAGGUAGCUACGGUUCUGCAAAACAGUCCGUUUAAUUUGAAAGCCCCCUUUGCUACAGCUAUCUUAUUAAAAUAAAAUCACAUUUUAAUAUUUCUUACAAAAAGCCAGUGAGAAGAGGGUGGAGGCACAUAGCACACAAUAUUUGAUUCUCUGGCUAUACUGAAGGCUGGAUUUUAGCCAGUGAGUCUUCUAAACAUGCAGUGGAUUUGUAAGACCUUAAAACAGCUCAGGUAUUUAAACUUGAUCCCUAUCAAAAUAAAACAAAUUGGGGCAUUGGGCGAGGGUUUAGAAGAGCUCCAGAAUGACUUCUCUUAGUGAGGUCUCACUAUGUAUAUAACUUAAUUUUUCAUUAGAGUGCUAAGAGUUUUAUGAAAGACAGCUUUGAAACUUGGUCUGAGUUAAAUAUUGAUGUUCUUUUUUAAAAAUUUUCAUUACAGUAGCCUUGUGUAAAACUAGUAAUCUCACCAUACCACAUAUAUGAUAGAGCAUAAGUUUUCUAUAAUCAGGCACCUUUUGAUGCAUUUGAGUAAAACUGUUUUCCUUUUCGAUUUUAAGCAUCGCCAGACAGACUCUGCUCUAUGCUAACUCUAGCAUAGCCUGAUAGCGUUAGGUGCAGCAUUUCUAUGAUGAAAAAUGAGUGUUUGUCAGGAAACUGGGGAAUGGCCAUGCUUUCUGAGACCCUGACUUCAUAUGCACUCUUGCUUUUGAAGAGCUUUCUGGCAUGUGAUUACUUACUUCAGAAUUAGAAUUUCAGGCACCUACAUUAAUUCUUUUAUGUUGUGUGCAGAACAGUAUAUCUUUUUAAUAUCAGAUAUAAUACACUGCACAUAUUGCUUUUGCACUCUUAAAAUUUUGUGUUAAAUAAUAGAAAAUAUUUGUAUUCUUUGGGUGUGAGCUUUGAAUAGAUGGCAUUAUCACUAUUUUUUUUUAACAAAAACCUUCUAGCAGUUAUUCUAUUGCAAUGUUAUUCUGAGCAAGUCCUAUGCCAAGUAUCAUGUAUAAUGUUUGUAUGGAAGAUUAAAUUUUACUCCUGUGUGGUAAGACUACUCAGUUACUGACUUCAUAUUGGAAUUUGAUAUUCCAGCUCAGAGUCCACAAUGUAUUCAGAAAUCCAAGUUGGUGUCAUACAUUUCAUUUUGAUGUGAACUUUGCUUUCUUUUGUUCUAAGACUCCAUUUUGCAAUAAACGUUUUGACAGUAAA